UUAUUUUCAAGCAACGAUUAAAAACAAAACGAACCAAAACGACGGAAAAAAAUCUGGAACAUGACGAUGAUAUCCCUAUCCCGUAAAACGAGGUAACAUAGUUUCCUCAAUUGAUUUUUCGAAGUUCUUGCUUUGUUUACAUCAAACUCUCCAAACAUACAUGUCUGUGAGCGGUUUCUGUUCAAUCUCAAUUAACACAUCUCUCCAAGUUCAAGGCUUCAUUUUGUCCGAUACCUAUUUGAUGAAAUGCUUCACCCGUGUUUCAAACUAAAACUAACUCUAAACAUUGUACAGACACUGAUUAAUUCUUUAACAUUGGUUGUUACACCAGAUUCUGUGUAAUUUUGUGCUUGUUAUUGCAUGGAAAUGCUUGUUUUGAGGAACUAGAAUUGUUACAAGUUGUCAAAAUCUUUCAUUUUUAAGUAUUUUCAAUUGAGGUUAUUAUUAUGGCCAGUAAAACUUUGUUUAAGUGGCCAAAGCAAGUUACAAAUUCACUAGUUGAGCAGCUAAUAAAGGCAGAAAGGGACAUAAACAAAGCUGUCCUUAUGUUUGAUUCUGCAACAGAUGAGUAUAGCAAUGGAUUUCGUCAUGAUCAUAAAACUUUUGGUGCAAUGAUCUAUAGGCUAGUUUCUGUGAAUCAGUUUAGGCCAGCUGAAGGAAUGCUGGAGAGAAUGAAGCAAGAAGAUUGCAAGGUUGAUGAGGACGUCUUUUUAACCAUAUGUCGAGGUUAUGGACGUGUGCACAGGCCACUUGAUGCCAUUAGGGUUUUUCAUAAGAUGGAAAAUUUUCAGCUUAGGCCAACUCAGAAGUCUUACCUUACAAUAUUUGAUAUUCUUGUGGAGGAAAAUCAUGUGAAAAGGGCGAUUGGUUUUUACAAGGAGAUGAGAGAAAAGGGCAUUCCGCCUAGUGUUGUUUCCCUCAAUAUUUUGAUUAAGGCCCUCUGCAAAAAUGAGGAAACUGUUGAGUCCGCUUUCCAGAUAUUUCGUGAAAUGCCUAAUCGUGGAUGCCAGCCUGAUUCGUAUACGUAUGGUACAUUAAUUAAUGGGCUGUGCAAGCUUGGAAAAAUCAAUCAGGCAAAGGAAUUGUUGGAUGAGAUGGAAGAGAAAGGUUUGUCGCCUUCAGUUGUUAGCUAUACUAGUUUGAUACAUGGCAUGUGUCAAUCUAAUAAUUUGGAUGAAGCUGUUGAAUUGCUCGAAGAGAUGAUAAGAAAUGGCAUUGAGCCAAAUGUUUUUACUUAUAGUUCUUUAAUGGAUGGUUUGUGUAAAUGUGGCCAUUCAUCACAAGCAAUGGAGUUGUUAGAAGUGAUGGUUAGAAGACGUCAUUCGCCUAACAUGGUCACUUAUAGUACGUUAAUCUAUGGACUUUGUAAAGAAGGAAAGUUUAGAGAAGCUGUGGAGAUUCUUGACAGGAUGAGGCUUCAAGGAUUGAAACCAAAUGCAGGGAUGUAUGGGAGAGUAAUAAGUGGCCUCUGUGCUACAAGCAGCUAUCAAGAAGCUGCAAACUUCAUUGAUGAGAUGGUUCUUGGCGGUAUCUCACCAAAUCGAGCAAGUUGGAGCUUUCAUGUCAGAAUGCAUAACAUGGUGGUUCAAGGUCUUUGUAAUAAUAUUGAUCCACCUCGCGCAUUCCAGUUAUAUCUUAGUAUGCGUACUAGGGGUAUCUCUGUUGAGAUUGCCACUUUUGACUGUUUAGUCAAAUGCUUUUGCAAGAGAGGAGACCAGCAUAAAGCUGCUCGGAUUCUGGACGAGAUGAUAUUAGAUGGCUGCAUUCCAGAUGAGGAAAUAUGGAAUGUAUUAAUGUGUGGACUUUGGGAUCGGAAAAAAGUGAGAGAAGCCACCGAGCUAUUGUUAGCUGAGUUGAAGCAAAAAGUUAUUGAAGCUGAGAGUUGAAGUUUGUGAACCCAGAUGAGGGAAUAUGGAAUGUAUGAAUGCAUGGACUUUCUCCGAUGAUCAUUGCUUUCAUGACCAAGGAUUAAGGUUCAAACUGUGACAGUAAUUUGCUGUACGCAAUUGGAGGCUAACUUCACACCUCACCUUCUCUUUAUGGGGGCACUUGUUGGUUCUUGCUCGACCUGUUUGAAACUUCAAUGAUGCAAAUACCUGUUGGGGAAAGAUUUUCCGUGGUUCUGGCCUGAUGGGUAAGGUAAACACAGGUAAUUAUAAAUCCUUUGUUUUGAUCAAACCCAUUACAUAUGAUGGCUACUUUUAUUUUUCAUUUUCUAGAAACCAUGGUGCUCAGUCAGUUCCAGUAAUUUGGCCAAAUUUCAAUUGUACCACAUUCUUUUCAUAGUGCAAAACUAACAUUUUAGUUGGGAUUCUUAA